AUUCCCUCCUGGUCAGCAAUUAAUUAUCCCACCCCUUUUGUUCUGGUGCAUGUCAUCACAUUUGGCAACUGCAGCUAUGGAUCAUGGGAGUUUUGUGAGUCUUGUAUUAAUCCAUGUAACUGACUGACAUGAUUAUGCCCAGCUAGCAGAGGGGCCACAAGUAUCCAGCAAUAGAGCCCCGGACAAUGGCCUCCGUGAAGUCAUAUGCAGUCUCUGAUAAUCUCCAGGAAUUUUGCAACUUCUUUGAGAGGGUAGUGCAGGACCUUACAGCAGAGGAAUGGGGACACCCGGAAAUUGGUGUUGCCAUCUCACGCUUGCGAGAAGUCCUCGAGUACAAUGCUCAUGGUGGAAAGUAUAUUCGAGGUAUGACUGUAGUGUCCUCCAUCCGGGAGCUGUUGCCACUGGUUAUGCAGGAUGUGGAGACCAUAGAGAGGGCUCUGGUAGUGGGCUGGUGUGUACAGCUGAUGACAUGCUCCUAUAUGGUUUCUGAUGACAUUAUGGAUAGAUCUGAGAAACGUCGUGGGAAGCCUUGCUGGUACAAGAAGGAGGGCAUUGGACUUGACGCUAUCAAUGACGCAUCCCUGCUUGAAUCAUGUGUAUAUCGGCUCCUGAGGAAACACUGCCGAGGACAGCCCUAUUACCUGAACCUGCUGGAACUGUUUCUGGAGGCCUCCUACCAUACUGAGCUGGGGCAGGCACUAGAUCUAAUAGGUGCUCAGCCAGGGAAGAUGGAUCUAGACCAGUACACGGAGGCCAGGUAUAAAUCCAUUGCAAAAUACAAGGCGUUUUACCUGUGCUUCUACCUGUCCAUCGCUGCUGCCAUGUUUAUGGCUGGAAUAGACCAGGAGGAAGAUCAUAGUAAUGCCAAAACAAUCAUGAUGGAAAUGGGGGAGUUAUUCCAGGUGCAGAAUGACUACCUGGACUGCUACGGAGACCCCAGCAUCUUAGGGAAGAUUGGAACUGACAUCCAGGAUAAGAAGUGUACGUGGCUGGUGGUAGAGGCACUAAAGAGGGUGACUCCUGAGCAAAGGAAAAUCCUGGAGGAGAACUACGGCUAUGAUGAUGUGGACAAGGUGCAGAAGGUAAAGCAGUUGUAUGACGAUCUAGACCUGUCCACUGUGUACAAACAACAUGAGGAGGAAACUUAUAAGAGACUGCAGAUUCUCAUUUCCCAGCAUGCAAAUGGGCUACCCAAAGAGAUCUUCUUGAGACUGGCACGCAAGAUUUACAAGAGAAUAUAAGUGAUAUAAGUGUUUGCUAACUGUAUAUGUAGAGCUGAAAUUGAUCCCACAUGAGAUGGGUGUUGGUCAUUGGGUUAACCUUAAAAAGGUUGUCAUUGUCUAGGUCAACCCCAAAAGGUCAACUUGCAUUAGGUCAUCAUGGGAAAAAGGUCAAAAUGGACAAAAGGUCGACACAGUAAAAGGUUGACAUGAGUUUUAUAUAUUUUUUUUUGUGUCAUUUAUGUAAAAUGACCGGAAUCCCAAUUAGUGCUUCCCCUUGCAUGGCUCCCUUUGUUACUAUUCCUAACCACAGUCCACAUGGAUAGCAAAGUAUGAAAAAGUUGAAAAAGAAAAAAUUGUAAAAACUCAUGUCGCCCAUAUACUGCCAACCUUUUCACCCCAGUCAACCUAAUGCAUGUCAACCAAUAGUGGUUGACCUAUUGACUGUCGACCUUAUUACUGUCAACUUAUCAUCUGGAUCCCCAUGGGAUGUAGCUCUGGUCAUUGAUUGUUCCCCUGCAAAGUAUGCAUCUACGCUCCUGCUCACAGUCAGUACAGUAAUCCUGAUCUCAUGUUCCUGUGCCUUGGAUUUUCUUAUAACCAGUGCCCUGUUUUCAUGUGCCCUGUACUGGUCAGAUUACCAAUAUUUCCAGUUUAUAGCUUGUCUGCAUUUCCAAAGUUAAGUUUAACGUUUAUAUGUGUCUGUGAAUCCUGCAAUGCCUGAUACAGUCUGCUAUGCCUGAUACCAAUUACAUCAUCACUCAAGACUCA